AAGAAAAAGAAGAAGAAGAAGAAGAAGAAAGAAGAACACGGAGCUGGAGGUGAAAGUGGCGGUGGUGGCAGCGGCAGCGGCGGCGGAUGUGGGGGCGGAGGCGGCGGAGGUGGUGGAAGCAACUAACGAGAAAAGAAAAAAAGACUAGUGGUGAGGGAGAAAGGAAGAAAAUUUAUAGGUCGCGCCUUUGCGCGAUACCGAUCCUUUGGACGGUAUCGUCGAACGUAAAAAAAAAGAAAACAUUAUUAAUUAUAUAUCAAAAAUACGCUGGAUCCAAAGAAGAAGAGGAGGGGGAGGGCGACCGAAUUAAGAAUGAGCCUGGAAACGUUACUGGAAGCGGCGCGGUACGUCGAGCAGCAGGAGAAGAAGAGGGAACGAAUCGCUAGCACUAGUAGUUCCACAUCCACCUCCUCCAAUCAACCGUCGCUCGCCGUCGCACUCCCCCACUCUAACAACCAUCACAAUUCAACUGAACCACGUGGUAUUAAAUUAAAAAGGGAUCGUAACGAGCCAGAUGAAUUCCUUUGCGAAGAAAAAAUGCUUAUCAUCGAUGAAGAAGAGCCGUUGGAAAACAAUAGAACAAAUGGAAAUCAUACCAACGUACCUCAACGAGGGAGUCCGGUGAUCACGACUUCUCGCAUCACACCACCAGUCGCAAAUGUUAAUCUUAACAGUCAAGUAAGUGCUCCUCAUUCUGGAGCUCAUCAUCAUCAUUAUCAUCAUCAUCACCAUCAUCAUCAUCAUCAUCAUCAACAGCAGCAGCAGCAGCAGCAGCAGCAGCAGCAACAACAGCAGCAGCACCAGCAGCAGCAGCACCAGCAGCAGCAACAGCAGCAACAACAACAACAUCAAAUACAGCAACAGCAACAACAAUCACCAGCAUUACCACCGGCACCCCAGUAUCAGCAGCAACAACAACCACAUCUUCAUCAUCAUCAUCAUCAAAAUAAUCAGAGUACAACGCAAAAUCAGUACUUGGAAAAUCAGAAUUCCAAUAUUGCGCAACAAAGCACUGGCAAUCUCAUCGUAGAUGUGGAAGUUGCUCAUGACAAUAAAAAACACAGGAGUGGGUCGUGCGUGAUUCGAUCUGGUACAAGGGAAGUACACAACAAGUUGGAAAAAAAUCGAAGAGCGCAUCUCAAAGAAUGCUUCGAAUUUCUCAAAAAGCAAAUACCAGCGCAAGAGGACAAAAAGUCCUCGAAUCUUUCCAUUUUACAUGCUGCCAUCAAACAUAUACAGUCAUUAAGAAAAAAAGAACGCGAUAAUGAGCACGAAAUGGAAAAGCUGGCAAGAGAAAAAAUCGCGGCGCAACAAAGGUUGGUUGCUUUAAAGAAGGAACUCGCAGCAAGGUGGGAACAUAUCGACUUUAAUACUCUACUGCCAGAACAGAGUUCGUCCGCGGAAAUUCAGACUACGAAAAAUGUUCCAGAAAGUAUAGAAUUGGAGGUAGCCGGAUUAGCGCGCGGUGGUACCAGAUAUAGCAGCACGAGUAGUCUGAGCAGCGCCGCGACAGCUAGUUCGCCGCAAGCGCUUCAAACGACGACGACUAAUAAUUCAAAUCUUCACAAUCAAGUUGCUACGGCUGCUGUAGUCUGUCAAACCCAGGGACUUAAUCUUGCCCAAAGUUCGAGGGAAAGUCCACCAACUAGUUCUAGCCCUGGCGUCGUCGUACCUGCCGCCGCUGCCGCCGCUGCCGCCGCCGCUGCCGCCGCCGGGACGACGCCUACUAUUCCUACUCCAGCUCAAGAGAAAGUGACAACAUCUCCGACGAAUUUGGUGCAACAGUCUCAUCUGCAUCUACCAAUAAGCGCCCAGAUGUUAAAUACGGGUCAAGGAUUGGCGACGAUUGUACCGACCCUUUCUCAUAUCGGUCCUGGUCUCAGAGUUAUACCUGGCGACACGAGACAACUGUUGGUUACGCAUGCAGCUGCAGCUGCUGCCGCUGCGGCCGCAGCCGCCGGUGCUAACAAUGAAACCCGACCGCUUACGUUGGCUGUACAAAAUUCCUCGGAUCAAUCGAGGCCACUGAUUGCCGUUCAAUCGAACACUGGAAGCGAGCCAAGGCCUGUCGCACUGGUCGUGCACUCAUCGACGGCUAAUGACAAUCGUGUGACCUUUGUGCAUUCGAAUUUAUCGAAUAACGACAGACCUCUUACUCUUGCCGUACAAUCUUCGGCUAAUGACGUAAGGCCAGUUACAUUUGUACAUUCUGGAAACGAAGGAAGACCCUUGGUUCUUACCGCUCAUUCUCCUGCCUUAAACGUCUCCAAUGCCCAAACGAGAAUAAGAACGGCGGGUGACACGACGCCGCAAACCACGCAUAAGAUGGUUGGAGGUGUUACGCUGGUCGGUGGAACCGGUUCGGAGCUAACAAGACUUCCCGGUGGUGCAGAAUUGAAUAUUCUUCCAGCAAACGGGUUGACUUUAAGUCAUGCAGGAGUUUCCCUUCAAACAACGACAGGAAAGGCGGCGGGUUCAGCGACAGUGAUGUCCAAUGCUCCGUCCACUGAAAGUAUAGCUCACAUAGUCGGCCAACAUGCUCCCCUUUCCGGUCUGACACCGAUAGUCGCACCAAUGACCGUUGUUUCCCAAGGAAAUCAAGUAACUGCUCAUAUUUUAGCACCAUCAAGUCUUACGGGAAAAAUGAUUACAACUCCUAUUCUCAAAUCUGUGGGACAAAUGCCACUUGUAAAUGCUCAGUACCUUAAUACGACGACGUUAGUAAAACCAGUUGUUGUCGUCAGUUCGCCAUCAAAUUCUACUCCACCGUCGUCUACUACAACAUCAUCCAUCACGCAACCUUCCUCAACUUCGCAUUCAACCGUCUGACAAAAUCAAAGAAAGAUCAAAUUAGUUUGAGGAAAGGCUAUUUAUUUUACAUUUAUGGAAAUUGACAAGUGUGAAUCACUUUUAUCAACUUUUAUGUAGAUUCUCGUAGGCAGGUCCGUAUAUGUUUACUGGCACACACUCCUCACACAUAUACACACACUACAUGUAAUGUGUUAAUCCUAUUCGCGCGUCAUUAGUCAUUAGAACCUAUCGUCUACGAUUGUCACGAUUUCACGAUUUCACGAUUUCACGAUUUAACGAUUUAACGAUUUAACGAUUGAAAUGAAACCAACCGAUAUCGAUUUGUGUACACGAAUCUUAUAAGGAAAUAACGUAUUGCGCUUUGAUUCCUCUAUUAUAUGAUUUGACAUCUAACGAGUAGUUAGCUUAGUUGUCAUUUUUGACUUAUACUUUCUUUUUAUUUUGUCUCUUUGUUAUCUUUAACUUUUACUCUAUUCAAUUUAUCUCUAUCUCUCAAUUUAAUUUUAAUUCAUUUUAGAGCAUCCAAAUUUUCUUCUUAUUACGUACGCUCUGCAUUGCUGUUAUACUGUUGUGUACAUUUCUCUCUAAAUGAUAUCUCCGUUAAUCUUUGAUUAUGCUUUUAAUAUGAAUGCUUUUAAUAGAAUAUCAGUUAUAAAUAUAUAUACCAUAUAUUGCAAAUGUUAAUAACAAAAUUACAAACUACGCGCUUACGAACUAUUGAGAGAUCUGUACUAUAUCUUUGUAUUAAGGUUGAAAGAAGAAGAAGAAGAAGAAGAAGUUGGUUUAUACAAUUUAAUGAUAUUUUUUCUGUACUGUAAUGCGCGAUCAAAGAGAAAAUCCAACAUAAUCUAACAACAGUUAUUAAUACUUUUUAAGUGGGUAUAAGUGAUAUUUCUAUCUAUAUAGACAUUUUGUUUCCUCUAAAGACUAAAUGUACUGAACGAUGAAGGAAGUAUAGGCAAUGAAAAACUUCAACUAAAAGAAAUGAACUUGUUGCAAAGAAAGAGAGUAAACAAGAUAACAACAAAUUGUUAAUAAGCUGUCUUUCGAAUAAGUUGUAGUAUUUAUUCUUUUAUAUAUUUAUUUGAAUCAUGCAACUCUAUGCAUGUUACUACUAUUCGGCUUAACAGCAUGCCUAAUAAUAUCGAUUUACGAUUCUUCUCUAUUUUCUUGUACUAUCAUAGGCGCAUUAUAAUGCAUAAUUUGAUUAUAAACGAAAAAACAAACUGACAGAGAAAUGAAGGAAUACACAAAGAGAAUGAAGAGAAAAUGUUCAUCCAUCGUCGGAGUUUAUUUUAUUAUUAUUAUUACAUAUUUUGCUUUUAAUAUUACAAAUGAUUAUAGACAAAUGUCUUGUUAAAGAUUUGUCUAUUGUCUAUUGUCUAUUGUCUAUUAUCUGUUGUUAAACUAAGAGAUGAACAUUUUCGUUUAAUCGUAUUUGCAAUUGUUUGCUCACGAUAAUCGAUGAAGAAUCGAUAAUCUUAUUAAAUGUAAAUGGCAAUUUGACAACAUACUGAAUCGUAAAUAAAACUAAUGAAGUAGAAUGUAAACUAGAGUGAGACACAGAGAGAAAAUUCGAUUAAGACGGAUAAAAGUAAAAAAAGAAAAAUUAUCGAUAGAAAUAAAUAGCGCGUAGCAUUCUGUACAUAAUACUAAUCUGUUACGUGGUAAAAAGUAACAAAAAAAAAAAAAUAUG